AUGUCGUGGAAAUACGAAGAUGAUUCGGCGUCUAGUAUGAACCCCGAUUGGACCGUCCAGGACCGUACCAUCACAAAGAAGUACCGGUACAGCCAUCACCAAGACCCCCUAAAGCCUCUCGUCUAUGCCAUUGGCGAUAGUAAGCUCAAGCAGAAAUGGAAGUCAUCCUGGCUAAGUCUUAGGGACUCUGACUGCACUGUCGAUACGGACCAGCCCUAUCAUAUGCCUGGCACAUCAGCCCUGCCCGUCCAAAAGACAAAGAAAGUCAACACAGAGCGUAUCAACCCCCUGAAGCAGAUGGCCACCUACUGCCGCUACGGCGAGACGCGAUACGGCCACAUUAUCGCCCAGACCGAGCUCGUGGCCAUGCGCGUCCGGCGCAUUCCUGGCACGGGCAGCCGCCCCGCCGCCGCCAUCGAGUACCGCAGCAUCCCCUGGUCGGCCUACGGCCACGGCAAGCUGACGGCGCACCUAGCUAUCUGGGCGCUUGGCUGCAUGGGCAUGAACGACGCGCACCGCAACACUGAGGGCCCCAACGGCGCCGCGCUCCCGUAUAUGGCCAAGCUCACCUGGUGGCGUAUCCUCAGCGCCGACAGCUGGGGCAAGCUCAAGCCCGGCGUCACCCUCCACACCGACGAGGCCAGCGGCAAGAGCCCGACCAGGGACUUCGUCGGCGGGGUCCCGCCCGUUCCCAGCCUGACGCAGAACAUGGCUAAUCUCGACCUCGGCACGCCUACCGGCACUCCGCCGGCGCCGGCGCCGAAGAAGAAGACCCCCGCGGCGCACCCUACGACGACCACCCCUUCCCCGGCCAGCAAGCCGAAGGCCUACACCAAGUGCAAGAUCAGCGGGAAGUCGCACAGUCUCACCCAGGACAAGGCAGGAAACUACUUUGUCAUGGGGUCCGACAAGAAGACCGUGAAGUACAAGAUCGUGAAGGACGCCGCCAAGAAGGCGUGGGUCGUCAGCGGGACUGCCACUGUGGUCCAAAUGGAGUAG